ACAACUCAGUUUGUUUAGGUGGGUUUGCCGUUUGAAAAAUAACGCGUUUCAAAAACAGUCCUUUCCGCUAGAUGAUUGGUUGAGAAGCUCAUGACGCCGCCGCGCUUCUUCCAAUAAGAAGUGGCGUUUGUGACUCUUUGGUUUUGAUUGGCUUAAAGGCUUCGGCAAAGGCGGGUUAUGAGGGAGCCGUUUAGGGCGCCACCUAAGUUCAAGCUAAGAAAUGAAUUUACGUAGUUGCGUCUUUUAAAAUUGUGUGAGUAAGAACAAAGUUUGCUUAUGUAAUGAUGUCGAACAGCACUCUAAGUUUUCACGAAAGCUCUUGUGAUAUCGGUCCAUGUGAUUCGACACAGACUAGCUCCAUUGCAGAUCAGUUAAGAGCAGUGAAGGACGGAGAAAUCUGUAUGGCUGACUAUAGGAAUUGCAGUGUGCUGCAAUGCAUGACAUGCAACACAGUGCUCGGAGACUCUCUCGGUAUCUGUGGAGAAGUCCAGAGCCUUCAGAGUAUCAUUUGUUUGAAAGUUACUGAGGAUGUGAAGGUGGAUAAAAAGCUGGAGAUGAGUUUGAAUGGUCAGCUGGCUUUCUCCACCUACCAAGUCCUUCAUUGUGCUGGUUGUCAUGGUGCUGUUGGCCUGGCUCUUCACUCCACCCCAGAGCACCUGUCUGCUUUACGAAAUCUCUUCCUUUUACGAAAAGAGCUGAUGAACUGCUACAUGCUAAGAAGUGGCACAUGUGUUAAAGCCUCCAAAGUAAACUUUAAACACAGACCCGUGGACAAAAAUAUUAAAGAGCUGAAGCAGGACUUAGAAGCUCAGCUGAAGCAGGUGAAGAUUCUGGAAGAAAUGAUGGAAAAAUUGUACACAGACAGUGUAAGCUAAAGAAAUGCCAGGCAUGGAAUAUGUACAGUUGUUUUGUUGUAAUUGUUGAAAUAAAGUAUUUUUGUAUUA